AUGAAGAUUGACGGCCGCACCUUUGUCAUCUCCGGCGGCGCCUCUGGCCUGGGCCGUGCCGUCGCCGAGGACCUCGUCCGCCACGGCGCCAACGUCGCGCUUCUCGACCGCAACGAAGACGACGGCCAGGCGGUGGCCGCGGCGCUCGGCGGCGACGCGGUCGCCAAGUUCUGGCCCGUCGACGUCACCGACACCGCGUCCAUCGCGGCCGCCGUGGCGGGCGUCGUCGCCUGGAUCCAGGGCACGACCAAGAAGCCGCUGGGCGGCGUGGUGCCGGCCGCGGGCGUCGGCUUCCCCGGCCUGCUCCUCGACCGCAAGCUGCGGCCGCUGCCGCUGGCCCACUGGGACGUGGUCCUCAACAUCAACCUGCGGGGCACCCUUGACCUCGUGCGCCAGGUGCUGCCGUACAUGGGCGGCGCCGACAAUGUGGUGGGCGCGCCCGACGGCGCCGACCAGGAGCGCGGCGUCGUCAUCAUGGUGGCGAGCGCGGCGGCGUUUGAGGGCCAGAUGGGCCAGGUGGCGUACGCGGCGAGCAAGGGCGCGGUGGCGGCCAUGACGCUGCCGAUGGCGCGCGACCUGUCGAAGCACGGCAUCCGCGUCGUCACGAUUGCGCCGAGCAUGUUUGACACGAGCAUGACGGCCGCCAUGACGGACAAGGUGCGCCAGAGCCUGCUCAAGAGCAUGGAGUUCCCGCCGCGCCCCGGCCGCGCCGACGAGUUUGCCGCGCUGGCCCGCCACGCCAUUGAGAACACGAUGCUCAACGGCGUCGUCAUCCGCCUGGACGGUGCCAGCCGGAUGCCGGCGCGGUUUUACGCCAACCGGUUCGGCAGCGCCUCGCCCCGCGACCACUUCAACAGAUUCUCCACCUGCGUCGCGUACCACGUCUCCAUUGUCACCCGCUCGCCAUACCCCGUGUGCGGCGUCAGCAGCACCUGGCUGCUGCCGUCCGGGCCGCCCCAGCUCGUGGUCCGCCACGGGCUGUCCUGGGGCAGCGGCUCCACGUCAAACACGUCGAGCGCCGCGCGGCGGAUGGCGCCGCGCCGCAGCACGUCCAGCAGGUCGUCCUCGUUGACAAUGGGGCCCCGCGACGUGUUGAUGAAGAUGGAGUCCUGCUUCAUGCGCGCCAGGUCGGUGCGCGUCACCAGCCCGCGCGUGCGCUCCGACAGCACCGUGUGGAUCGCCAGCACGUCCGCCUCGCGGAACAGCGCCUCGCGCGACACGGCCGCAAACGUGCCCGCCGGCAGGCCCUGCGCCGCGGCCUGCUCGUCGGCCUUUUGCUGCGUCAGGUUCGCGCUCCACGCAAUCACUUUCAUGCCAAAGGCCUGGUGCAGCAGCUUCGCCGUCGCCGCGCCCAGCCGGCCCAGCCCCACGGUCGCGUACGUCUUGCCCACCAGCCCAAACGGCGCGAGCCCCGUCGUCCAGGGCCACGCUGCGCGCCACCGCCAGCAGCAGCGCCACAAAGUGCUGCGCCGUGCUGCUCGGGCCGGCCACGCCUUCACUCUCGCCCUCGCCGCGGUCGACCGACGCCACCACGGGGACGCCGUGCCUCUGAAAGGCGUCGAGGUCCAGCCCCCGGUUGCGGCUGCCCGUCGUCAGCAGCAGCGCGAGGUUCGGCAGGCGGUCGACCAGCGCACCCGGGAACGGCGUGCGCUCGCGCAUGGUCGAGAUCACCGCAAACGGCGCGAGGCGCGCCACGAGCGCGUCCUUGUCGGCCUGCGACGUGCUGGCAUGGUUGUACGGCAGCAGCGUGUCGGGAAAGUAGACGACCUCGAACGCGGCCGGGUCGAGCGUGUCAAAGUACGCCUUGGCAUGGCCCUUGUAGUCGUCGAGCACGGCGACCUUGACGGGCGCCAUUGUGGGCAGAGGGGAUUGGGGUGA